AUGGAGCUAAAUUUCAAACGACGAACGAUUCAUCGCAGCAUUUCGCUGCUCCUGCGUGAUAUCGAUCAGAUGUCGAUGAACGAAAUCGGUACCUCAAAUCCGGCACUUAACUACGAUGACACGGGAACGGCUGGCAAUUCGACGGGCCAGCUAGAUCCUAACGGCCAGCAAGCGUCCGGUGGAGACGCCGAUAGGAGUGCUGGUGGUGCUGGAACAACGACAGGAUGUCACGAUGCCAGCCUAGCAUGUUACUCUAUCCGCAGCGAGGCGGAGGAGUACGACGAAAAUCUGGACGCACCCGAUUCGGUCACGUACCUCUCGAUUGGUGGCAACAAUCCGGUGCUGGUGAUACGCGAUGGAGACGCCGACAGUGUGGUUCCAGCAUCGGAAAUUCCGUACAACUACGUCUACAAUACGCCGGUGAAGUUUGAUUCUAUGCGACGCCACAUUUUCAUCCACGGUCUAGAGAUACACGUGGAAAUUGUCAACUAUGAGCGUAGCUUGACGUCACACGUACUAAAUCCAAAUUUGUACACGAUUCAGCUAACACACGGACCGUUCUCGUGGAAGAUUCAAAAACGCUACAAUCAAUUCCGCAACCUGCACCAGCAGCUGACAACGUACAGGACCUCACUGCACAUACCAUUCCCGACGAAAAGCCACAAGGAGCGGCGAGACAGCUUUCGAAAUAUGCACACCGUACACCAAACGACCGCAUCGCCCGCGAUGCAGCAGAAGCUUGGCAAGCCGCUGAAAAAGAUCAAGAAAAAUGCCUUACCCAGGUUCCCGCUGAAACCGGACUCGCUCGUAUCGUUCGAUGCCAUCCCGCAGCGGAUCAAGCAGCUCGAGGAGUAUCUGUACAAUCUGCUCAAUAUAUCGCUGUAUCGCAACUUCCACGGCACGGUAAACUUCCUCGAAGUGUCUCACAUUUCGUUCAUCUCCGCGCUGGGUGAGAAGGGCAAAGAGGGCCCGAUUAAGAAGCGCACCGGUUCCACACGUCCCGGCCAGUCGGGGUGCAACUUUUGCGGGUGUCUUGCCGGUGAUUGCUGCGUCCGGUGCAGCUACUUCUGUACGGAUAUGCUGUGGAACAAGUGGCGCAAUCGGUGGUUUUUCGUGAAGGAAACCUGCUUCGGGUACUACCGCCCGAAGGAUGGCGUGUUGCGGUGUGUCGUCCUGUUCGACCAGGGUUUCGAUAUAUCGUUGGGCAUUUACAGUACCGGCAUGCGAAAUGGGCUGCAGAUCGAGACCAAUUCGCGGUUUCUCGUCAUGAAGCAUCCGACGCGUCGCAUAGCCAAAGAAUGGAUGACCCACAUGAAGCGGGUGGGGAAUGAGAGUGCACGAGAUUUUACGUUGGUGAAUCCACACCAAUCGUACGCACCGUCCCGGCCCGGUGUCCAGGCUGGUUGGUUCGUGGAUGGUGCUGGGUAUAUGAGCGCGGUGGCGGAUGCGCUUGAGGGCGCGACUGAGGAGAUCUUCAUCACCGACUGGAUGCUCAGUCCGGAGAUCUACAUGAAGCGACCGGCGAUCGAUGGGGAUUACUGGCGGUUGGAUAAGAUCCUGAAGCGGAAGGCCGAGCAGGGAAUCAAGAUCUUCGUGUUGCUGUUCAAGGAGCUCGAUUUUGCGCUCGGAAUCAACAGCUAUUAUAGCAAACAGAAGCUAGUGGAGCAGCACGAGAACAUUAAGGUUCUCCGACAUCCGGAUCAUGCAAGGGCGGGUGUUCUGUUUUGGGCGCACCAUGAAAAGCUGGUGAUCGUUGAUCAAACGUACGCAUUCGUUGGAGGCAUCGAUCUGUGUUACGGGCGAUGGGAUGACUACCAGCACCGGUUGACUGAUCUGGGCAGUAUAUCGUCUUCCACGAGCAGCUCCGCGAACAACACUACCACUCGCAAACCCUCGACGGUGGUUGAGCUGGACGAGAACGGGUCGGUUGCGAAUUUGCUUAAAUCCAGCAAAAACAUUGCCAUCGCAACGGCUGUCGAACGUCAAGCAGAAGCAGCAAAGGCGUCCUCGACCUCACUAAACGGGAAGCAACACGAUCCGGGAGUGUCGGCAGCGACGGGAGAACCACCCGAUAAGCUGCUGGUGGCCGCUGCUCAGGCUCUGAAUGAGCAGCAAGGAGAAGAACGUGACGUGUUGCCGGAAAACAUCAAACAGAACACCCCGGAGAUGGAGCGCCGUAACAUCAUGGGAAUGAUCAAGGAGAUGGGACGUGAUUUGAAGAAUCGCAUUACACUGUCUGAACAUCCGGAACAUUCGGGUGGUGUGGAAGCGCAAACACCCGGCAGUGGACCCAAAAGCACCCUCGGUAGUCCGGCCAUCCUUUCGGAGGAGGAACGACGCAAAAAGCUGCUGUACGGUGGCGUACAGGGUGCAUCCGGUAGCGAGAUUAUGAGCCCACAACCGUUCAAGAACGCGCCCGUCUUUGAGUUGGAUGGACAGGCAAAGCUGUGGAUCGGCAAGGAUUACAUUAACUUCAUCAUCAAGGAUUUCAUCGACCUUAACAUGCCGUAUGUGGAUCUAGUCGAUCGAACGACGACGGUGCGGAUGCCAUGGCAUGACAUCGCCACCGUGGUGCUGGGCCAGGCUGCCCGAGACGUCGCCCGCCACUUCAUCGAACGGUGGAACGCGGUCAAGCUGGAAAAGUGCCGAGAGAACGACAGCUACCCGUACCUGCUGCCAAAGAGCUACAAUGACAUCCGCAUAGACAGUAAGUUCCUGAAUGUACCACUGCACCACGUCACCUGCCAGGUACUGCGCAGUGCCUCCAGCUGGAACUGUGGCUUCAUCGAACCGUCGUACGUCGAGCAGAGCAUUCACGAAGCGUACGUCCAGACGAUAUCGAAGGCACAGCACUACAUCUACAUCGAGAACCAGUUCUUCAUCAGCAUGGAGCUGGGCAAUAGCGUGGUGAAGAAUCAGAUAUCGGAGUACCUUGUCAAACGCAUCGUGCGUGCGUACCGAGAGAAGAAAACGUUCCGGGUGUACGUUGUGAUGCCUCUGCUGCCAGGAUUCGAGGGUGAUGUGGGCGGUGCCACGGGAAUCUCGUUGCGGGCGAUUACACACUGGAACUACGCUUCCAUUUCGAGGGGUAAAUCGUCACUGCUGGCGAGGUUACAGGCGGCCGGCAUCGAGAAACCGGGAGAGUACAUUUCGUUCCAUAGUUUGCGAACAAACUCCAUGUUGAACGGAAUCCCCGUCACGGAGCUGAUCUACGUCCAUUCGAAGCUGCUGAUCGCGGACGAUAAGAUCGUCAUCUGCGGGUCGGCCAACAUCAACGAUCGUUCGCUGCUGGGCAAGCGAGACUCGGAGGUGUGCGUGUUAAUAACGGACGAGUCCUUCGAGGAGGGUCGCAUGAACGGUGAAUCGUAUCCUUGCGGCAUUUACGCGGGCAAGCUGCGCAAGUUUCUGUUCCGCGAGCACCUCGGCCUGCUAGAACCGGAUCCAAAGCGUGCAGCAAUCGAUGUGACGGAUCCGGUAAUUGGCUCCUUUUGGAACGAUGUCUGGCGGCGAACGUCACGCCGCAACACGCUCAUCUACGACGAGGUGUUCCGAUGCAUCCCGUCCGACAACGUGCAAUCGUUCGCCAUGAUGAAGCGCUUCCUGGAGGACAAAAGCCUGCUGCAGUCCAAUCCCGAGGGUAUCCAGCAGGCGGUCUCGCGCAUCGAAGGCUACGUGGUUGAUUUACCGCUAAAGUUCCUUUGCGAAGAAACGCUUACACCACCGACCACCAGCAAGGAGGGCAUCAUGCCGACGUACAUGUGGACGUGACGCGUGGCCUUUUGGUGCUUGCCAGGAUUCUUCUUCAAGGCACUUUAUACUUCUAUACUGCUAUACGUCCCAAGCAGGCGGUGUACAUUUUAUUUUUACUGACCAACAUUCCUAACAAUCAACCCGUUACACGUUCUACUCUAUGUUCUCUAUGUUUGUAACGUGAUGGUACCGGUAUUUAUUUGCUCUCAGAUUAUUUUAACAUUACGUGAACAAACGAUUAUUAUUUUUUUGUGAAACAAAAAUAAACCACCUGCAGGCAGCGUGCUCCUCACGGGUACUUGGUACAAGAAGUGAAGCAAAAACGUAGAAUAGUGGCCACCUCCUGACGUGUGUUCUACAGUACGACUGCAAACUACACGUUAAAUGUUCCAAAUUUGUCAGCUUUUAGACGCGACUAGUUUAAGACGUAGUUUUUUU